CAUCCAGUUUUUGUCGUUUCAGAUCAUUUAGAACCAAAGAUAUUAAGAAGGGGUAGAGUCCUCAAUCUUUUUAAAAAAUCUUCGGUUCGUAAACUAGCUCACAUCGACUGAAAGACGUCAAGAUGAUGAGUCUCAAAUUAAUCUUCGCGGUCUUAGCCAUCGCAGUCUUCGUGAACUCACAAGAAGUGACACCACCCCAACCGCCCCAACCCACACCCGAGGGUUGCCCUCCUCGUGCUGUGAUGGACCUUGUCGUAUUGCUCGACUCAAGCUCGUCCGUCGGGGCGGCGAACUUUCAAAUUUUGAGGGAGUUCUUGACAAACUUGACCCAAAACUAUUACGUUGGGAACGAUGGUAUGCUGAUGGGUCUGACAAGAUACAACCGAAGGAUCAACGAUCGUUGGGACCUUAACGAUUUCUCAACCACCGCACAACUAGAACAAGCAAUCUCGAAUAUCCCUUACAACGGCGGAGGAACAUUCACCGGGGCGGGUCUAAGUUUUCUCGCAAGGGAGAAAUUUACCGCAGCCGCUGGAAGGCGAGUAGGAGUUCCAGCCAUCGCGCUUGUUAUUACCGACGGUAGAGCAAACGACGAUGUAGCUGGACCCGCAGAAGCCUUGCAUCAAGUGGCAACCGUAAUAGCGCUUGGUAUCAAAGGAGCAGUCCCAGCUGAAAUCAACACCAUAGCUUCUCCUCACCCCGACAACUCAUACGCACACAUCAUCGACGACUUCUCGCAGCUCCCCGACAUAUUCAGCGCAAUUUCCGCCGUGGUUUGCGAAGCUCAAGGCGCUCAAGCCGCUCAAGCCGAUCCGUCAGUUUCACCGCCACCACCACCGGCACCAACAACCCAGCCACCGCCACCACAGACAACGGCAGCCCCAACCGAACCCCCAACCGAACCCCCGACUGUACCCCCAACCGAACCCCCGACUGUACCCCCAACCGAACCCCCGACUGUACCACCUACAGAUACGCCAUCAGCGACCACAGAAUGCGACAACCCAAUUGAUUUGGCUUUCAUCGUCGAUUCAUCAAGCUCGGUUGGCGCUGAUAAUUUCCAACUUAUCAAGGAUUUCGUUUACGAGAUCAUCAAUGGGUUGAACAUCAGUGAAACUGAGACCCGAGUAACCCUUGCUCGUUACAACAACUGGGUUGAUUCAAGAUUCUUCUUCAACACUCACUUUGAUAAAAGUGCAAUGCUUGACGCUGUGUCCAACAUGCCAUACUAUGGACGUGGAACAAAGACGGCACAAGCUCUUCAUGUUGUAACAAGCCAUCAUCUCCAGAAAUACAACGGAUGGAGAGAAGGCGUCGACGCUUACCCAACAGUGGUGAUCGUCCUCACCGAUGGAAGAACCAAGGACUUCCAAGACUUGGGAAGAUUCUCCCGAGCAUUGAAAGCAAAGGCAACGCGAGUGAUCGCCAUUGGAGUCGGAGAUGGAGCAUACGCCGAUGAACUUGUUACAAUCGCCACCGCCCCAUCAUCCGAGAACGUCGUGAUGGUUCCUUUCGAACAACUUAUCACCAGAGCCAGCAACCUUAUUAACAUGGUUUGCAUCACCGAUGUGAAUGAAUGCCUCGUCGAUAACGGUCAAUGCGACCAGGUCUGUGUAAACACACACAAUUCAUUCUACUGCGAAUGCCAAGAAGGCUUCACCCUUGGUGUAGAUGCCGCUUCAUGCGUUGAUAACAACGAAUGUUUGACUGACAACGGUGGUUGUAGCGACACAUGUACUAACACCGAUGGUUCAUUCGUUUGUUCUUGCCCAGUUGGUCGAAUCCCAGCCGGAGACGGCCGCACUUGUGUUGACGACAGCUGUUACGAAAACACCGAAUGCGACCACAAUUGCCACAACGUCGUCGAAGGAACUUUCUUCUGUAGUUGCAAUGCUGGUUACCAACUCAACGAAGAUGGAAAAACUUGCUCAGACAUCGAUGAAUGCUUGAACAACAAUGGCGGAUGUGAGGUAUUAUGUAAUAACACCGAUGGUGGAUACGUGUGCGCCUGCCCAGAAGGACAAGGUUUGAGGAACGAUGGCCGAACAUGUGGCACCAUGUGUUAUACUUGCCAACGAGCAACCUCAAACGAGGAAUGCAUGGAACAGACCGUGUGCUCACCAGGAGAGUCAUCAUGCCAAACCGAGACAAGGUUCGAGAACCAAGUUAUGUACAUCACCAAGUCAUGCAAGCAAACCGAGGCGUGCGUCAACAACUAUAUCCAAAACCCCAAAACUGCGUGGUCUCCAUACCAGUGCAACACCGACCCCAACGGAAUCUCCGUGUGCCGAUGUUGCUGCCAUAACAACCUUUGUAACGCCCCUGGCAACUGCACACUCGCUGAUGACGUAGAUAUCAGCUGUGAAGACCCCAACCUCAUCGAAACACCCGAAGACAUGACCAUGACAUGCUCAGGAAAUGACCUUGGAGAUACUUGUCUACUUACGUGCCCACCAGGAUACCAACCAGUGAGUGGCGCCAGUGAGCUCGUGUGCCGACUUACCCCAAGAAGUCUUGAAGGUUACUGGGACGGAGAAGUUGGAGCAUGUGGAGAUAUCGAUGAAUGCGCCAAUAACAACGGUGGAUGUUCCCACUUCUGCACCAACACCAACGGAUCAUAUUCUUGCUCCUGCCCAGACAGCAACCCAUGCGAGAACCAACUUCUCGAUCUUUUCUUCAUCCUUGAUUCCUCCUCCUCCGUGAGAGCCGCCAACUUCGAAAAGAUGAAGAACUUCGUCGACCGAAUGGUUGAUCCACUCAACGUUGGACAAGACCGAGUCCGAGUUGGAGUUAUGACAUACAACAGAAAAACCUUCAAAAGGAUCGACUUUAACGAGGCCGCAAACAACACCGACUUUUCAGAAAAACUUGCCGCGAUCCAAUACAGCGGACGAGGCACCAAGACUGCCCAAGCCAUCAACUUCGCUGCUUCCAACUGUCUUCAUGAAUCUCGAGGACGACGACCCAACGUUCCUCUCUCUGUUAUCCUUAUGACUGACGGAAGAUCCCAAGACUGGAGACAACUCCCAUCAGCAGCAGCAACCAUGCACCAAAAAGCAAAUAUGUUCUUCUCAAUUGGAAUCACCAACCGCGUCAACGAGAGAGAGCUCUUGACAAUCGCCAACGACGACCCAACCAAAUACACCAUCCUGCCGAGUUUCGACUCCUUGGACAGCGCCGACCUCGCUCAGUUCUCUGGAUCAACUUGUCUUCAACCAGAACCUCAACACUUCCUCGCUUCGGACGGAAAAACAUGCGACGUCGAUGAAUGCAGCGUUGACAACGGUGGUUGCAGUCACAAUUGUACCAACACUAUCGGAUCUUUCUAUUGUUCUUGUCCCGAAGGACAAACCAUCGUUGCCGAUGGCGUUACAUGCGAUGUCGAUGAAUGUUUGGUUGACAACGGCGGUUGUGAACAAGGUUGCAUCAACAAACUUGGAGGAUUCAACUGUCUUUGUGGAAACGAAUAUGAGGUGGAAGGUUUCACUUGUGAUGACUUCAAUGAAUGUGUCGAUGAGAACGGAGGCUGCAGCCACCAGUGUGUUGAUCUUUCACCAGGAUAUGAAUGUGCUUGCCCGGCGGGUAUGCUGCUCGGGCCAGACAUGCAGACUUGCGAGGUCGACAGUUGCGCAGCUUUGGUUGCCCCAUUCGUAUGCGACCAAAACUGCCACAACAUUGUCGGUGGUUCAUACACUUGUUCAUGCGACGAUGGAUACAUUCUAGAAGCUGAUGGUCACAAUUGCACAGAAAUCAACGAGUGUGACAACAACAACGGUGGUUGUGAGGAAAUAUGCGAGAACACACCAGGAUCGUACAACUGUGCCUGCCCACCCGGGUUCGGACUUCGAGACGAUGGUAAAACCUGUGGAAUUCAAUGUUAUGCCUGCCAGAAUGUUCUUUCUAAUGAAGAAUGCGGCGAACUUGUGGCUUGCGCUGUCUCACAAGACGCUUGCUUCACUACCAUGCGAACCAGAGACAACGUGACUUCAAUCACCAAGGGAUGCCAACAAACACAAGCUUGUAUCAACAACAUGGUUCAAAACAACCGAAACAUGGGCGAGGGACCUUCACAGUGCAACGGAAACUUGCAGAACUCGAAAUGCGAAUGUUGUUGCGUUGAGUCCGCUUGCAAUGCUGAUCUUUGCCCAUACGAGAUGGACAUCGCUGGAUGCGAAUCCUUCGUCAAGACCGAUGUUGUUUUCACCGGUGAACGUCAAGAUGGAAGCAUUGGACCAGGGGGAAUGGCUAAAGUUGAAUGUGCACCAGGUUACACUUUUGCUUCAAACAACUCCGCGCCCGUCCAACUGAACUGCAACUACAACUAUGCCAACAACACAGCGGCUUGGGAUGGAGAUUACAACGAACUUGAUGAAUGCGUCGACGUUGACGAAUGCGCCAACAGCGAGAACGGCGGUGGAUGCGCAAACCCCGCUGUUUGCGUCAACCUUCCAGGAACCUUCGAAUGCGUUUGCCCAGAUGAGCCAGAUGAUUUCGUUCUUAUUGAUGGAUCCAUUUGCGAACGUGAUGAAUGCUCCGACCCUGAUAUGGGCGGUUGCUCGCAUAACUGCACCAACACAAUCGGAAGCUACAUGUGUUUCUGCCCAUCAGGAAUGACACUCAUUGAAGAUCAACUUACAUGCAACGUCGAUGAAUGCCAAGAUGCCAACGGUGGAUGUCAACAAACAUGCGUCAACACACUUGAUGGUUACAGAUGCGAAUGCGGACAAGGUUUGGAACUAAACGCUGAUCUUCACACUUGUGAUGACAUCAAUGAAUGUUUGAUCAACAACGGUGAAUGUUCACACAACUGCACAAACUUGGUGCCCGGAUACGAAUGUUCUUGCCCAGAGAACAUGAUCUUGAACGGCGAUGGCUUCACUUGCCGAGUCAACCCAUGCUACACCAACAACGGUGGAUGUGGUGGUGUCUGUACUCCAUUGGAAGUUGGAUUUCAAUGUUCAUGCCCACAAGGAUACGACCUCCUUGAAGAUGGAAGUUGUUUGGACAUCAAUGAAUGUGAGAACAACAACGGUGGUUGCCAAUACAACUGUACCAACACCGAUGGAAGCUACGUAUGCUCAUGCCCAGUUGGUCAAGGUCUUCACGGCAAUGGCAGGACCUGCGGUCGUGCAUGUUACCACUGUAACGGUGCCAGCACCAACGACGAAUGCAACGCCAUGCCAAUCCAGAUCUGCACUGAUGACGCCCAAUCUUGCGAGAACGAAGUCCGAAUCAACGCUGGUGUGAAACAAAUCUUCAAGGGUUGCAAACAAACACAAGCUUGCAACAACAACUAUAUCCAGAACCCAAGGAGCGCAUUCGAGCCUUCACAAUGCAACGGCAACCUCGGUAACGACGUGUGCAGAUGUUGUUGUGCAGGACAUCUUUGUAACUUCAACGAGAAACCAUGCCAAGCACCACAAGCAUGCCAUAUCAGAAAGGCCGAUGUCGCGAUCGUCGUCGACUCCUCCAGUUCCGUGAAAUACAAUAACUUCCAGAAGAUGAAAUCUUUUACAUCCAGUUUGUUCCAAUCUUUCAAACUUGGUGACGACCGUGUUCGAGCAGCUCUUGUCAGAUACAACCGACGUGUUGAUCAACGAUUCGGGUUCGCCGAUACCAACACCAAGGAAGAAGUCCAAGAUGGAGUUGACGCCAUGCCAUACAGAGGAGGUGGUACCCUCACAGGACAAGCCCUUCAACACGUCAUUGACAAUACAUUGAAGACAGAGAAUGGAGCCAGAGAUGACGCACAAAAGAUCGUCAUCACCAUCACUGACGGAAGAUCCCAGGACGAUGUACUUACACCAAGCCGAGCCCUUCGUGCUGCUGGAGUCAUCACAUUCGGAAUCGGAAUCGGAGCCCGAGUCCUUGAGACCCAAAUCAACGAGAUUGGAGGCGAUCCAUCCCGAACCUUCAGCGUUGAAACAUUCGACCAACUUAGCGGGUUGGUGUUGAACCGAGUACGAGAGGCAGUUUGUUAUGAUGUGAAUGAAUGCAACACCAACAACGGAGGAUGCAGCGACACUUGUGUCAACACAGCCGGUUCAUUCCACUGUGCUUGCCAAGAUGGAUUCAUUCUUUCAGAUGAUCUUUCUACUUGCAUCACAAACUCCACUGGUGCUCGUGCCAGCUUCGACGAAUGCUCUGUUAACAACGGUGGAUGCAGUGAUGGUUGUACCGAUACUUUGGUAGGAUUCAACUGCACUUGCCCUGUAGGAUUUGUUCUGAUGAGUGACAUGCUUACUUGCACAGACGCCGACGAAUGCUUGACGGCCGCUUGCUCGCAUAGUUGCGUCAACACACCAGGAAGUUACUUCUGUGAGUGCCCACCUGACCAUUACAUGGCAGAAGACAAGAUCACAUGUGAACCACGAGCAUCAGUCGCCGAUUGUGCCGCCGGUUUCUUGCCCAAAGGACACAGCUGUACCCAACAAAGCAGUGACAUGAUGGCCUACGUACCAGCAGAGGAAGCAUGCGCAGCCGCUGGAGGUCGCCUUAUGAAGAUCGCUGAUUAUGGAGUUAAGCAGAUCAUGUCAAGGAACUAUCAAGGAGCUAAUUGGUUCGGUCUCACCGAUCGCUCAGAAGAAGGGGUGUGGGUAAACUCAGAUGGAACAGCCUUGGAAUACGAAGAAGGAUGGGCAUCCAACCAACCAGGAGUUGGCGAUUGUGGGAGUUUGGAACACUACGCUUUCUACUCCAAGCUUUGCUCACGAGAGAUGAAAUAUAUCUGUGAACAAUCACGAGCUGAAGGGUUGGUCAUAUUCGACAGGACAUGGCCCAACGGUGCACAAGCCAAACUUUACUUCCCUACCGAUGUUAACGCUGUGAAGAUCACUUUCCCACAACCAGUCAUUCGAGUGAACGCUUGGUUUUCACAAGUCGCUCAACAACUUUCGUCCACCGAGUUCGUGAUCUCACAGAACGACAUCCAUCGUCAAAGCAGCCACGGUGAGGGACAAUUCACCGUCGAUAUGAAUGAGGUUCGCUUCCCCGACUAUGACAUCACAGUCACACCUUACGAGCUGUAAAUGAAAUGCUUCUAGAAUGAAAUAGAACAAUGGAACUUGUAUUAUAGCUAUAUUAUAAGCACUUACUACGUCAGAAUAUAACGUAUUCGUCACAAUAUAAUGUCUUGCGUCAUAAUUUAACGUAUUAGGUCAUAUUGCAACGUCUUACGUCAUACUGUAACCUGUAACGUGUUACGUUUCAAUAACUUCGCAAACUGCCAAAUAAGAUUUACUGCCACAUGAUGUCGCCAUUUCAUUAUAUUUCUCCCCACAUUUUCCCUUAUUUACAAACAAUUGUAUUCUGGAAUUCGGUGUUUUAUAUACGUCAUAAAUGAAUUGUACGUCGUUUGGAAUAAAUAAUAGACGGUCAUUCAA